AUGGCCCCAAAUCAAGAUUCAUCCUUCACGGGGAUUGUCAAGAUGCUCCUGCUUUUCCAAUGGACGUGGAUUGGUCUCUUUGCUCCAGAUAAUACCCAAGGAGAAAGAUACCUGAGGACCAUGACCCCAGUGGUUGUCAGGAGUGGGGUUUGCAUUGCCUUCACAAUAGGCAUCCCAGAAAUGAACGAAGAUGCCAAGGGGUUCGUUUUCCACAUAUAUUCACUUUUCAUACAGAAAAAAUGUAAUGUAUUUGUUUACCAUGGAGACUCCAACACUAUGAUUGGGCUAAAGAUUUUGAUGAACUAUGUUGAAAAAACAGAAAAAUCCAUGGUGGGGAAAGUUUGGAUCACAGAAGUCUUGCAUGAUCUCAGCUUGAGCUACUUUUUGAACGUGUUUGAUAUCCAUCAAAUCCAUGGUUCUUUUUCCUUUUUGACCCGGGCAAAAAGGAACACCAACUACAACAAUGUGUAUUCUUUUCUUUCCACUCUCAGUAAAAUUGGAGAGGGAGCAUUUCAUUGUAUCUUUUCAAAUCAUGUGAUGUCUCUGAAAGGCUGCACAAGAUGCAGAGAGAAAGAGGAAUUGUUAACCCCAUCCCAUGAGGAGCUUGAAAGGAUCCUGUCUCAGGAUACCUUCAGCAUUUACAACUCUAUCCAGGUGGUGGCACAUGCCUUGAAUGCGGCCUCCUUAUCCAGAUCUGAUUGGAAGGUGGGAGGAGACUGGCUGGGACUUCAGAAGCUGCAGCCAUGGCAGCUUCAUCCUUUCCUGAGAAACUUCCAGUCUUACAAGAAUUCCACUGAAGGAAUUUAUUUUUAUGAGAACGGGGACAUGGGAGUGGAUUUUGAUAUUGUGAACUGGGUGGCAACACCCAACCAGUCUCUUAUGAGAGUGAAAGUUGGGAGCGUGGAGAGACGUGCUGCUGCAGAGAUAAAGUUCGCCAUUGAUCAAGAAGUCAUUGUGUGGCCCAAAUGGUUUAAUGAGACCCAGCCUCAUUCUAGGUGUACUGAAAGCUGUCCACCUGGAUACGCUAAGUUGGUUAAGGAGGGAGAACCUCACUGCUGCUAUGAAUGUUCUCCAUGUGUGGAAGGGACAAUCUCUACUCAGGAAGAUGCAAGUCAUUGUCAGAAGUGUCCAGAAGAUCAACAUCCAAACAAAAUCCGAGAUCAGUGUGUUCCCAAGUAUAUCACCUUCCUGUCCUAUGAAGAACCUUUAGGAAUCAUCCUAAAUGUUCUUAGUCUUUUCUUCAUCCUAAUAACAAGUUUUAUUUUGGGAAUCUUCAUGAAAUACUCAGAAACUCCAGUGGUCAAAGCCAACAAUCGGGAUCUGUCCUACAUUCUCCUCCUCUCCCUCCUGCUUUCAUUUCUCUCCUCUAUUCUCUUCAUUGGUCAGCCCCAGAAGGUGACCUGCCUUCUCCGACAAACUGCCUUCAGCAUCAUCUUCUCUGUUGCUGUCUCUUCAGUGUUGGCCAAAACUAUCACUGUUGUGGUGGCCUUCAUGGCUUCAAAGCCUGGGACCAGGAUGACGAAAUGGUUGGGGAAGAGCUUGGCCAACUCCAUUGUCUAUUCCUGUUCUGGUAUUCAAGUGGGCAUCUGCACUCUCUGGCUGAGCAUCUCUCCUCCCUUCCCAGACUCUGACAUGCACUCCCACCCAGAACAGAUCAUACUGCGUUGUAAUGAAGGGUCUGUGGCCAUGUUUUAUGCUGCCCUUGGCUACAUGGGCUUCCUGGCUGCCAUCUGCUUCACUGUGGCUUUCCUAGCCAGGAAGCUGCCUGGGGCGUUCAAUGAAACCAAGCUGAUCACCUUCAGCAUGCUGGUGUUUUGCAGUGUUUGGGUGUCCUUUGUGCCCACCUACCUGAGCACUAAGGGGAAAUAUAUGGUUGCCAUGCAGGUCUUCUCUAUCUUGGCCUCCAGCUUGGGCUUACUGGGCUGUAUCUUUCUUCCCAAAUGCUACAUUAUUAUACUGAGGCCACAUCUGAAUACAAAGGAACAACUAAUGAUGAAACAAAAAGAUGGGUCCUGA